AUGAAGAAAGCCGAGAACAUCGCCCUUCUGGCCACCUCUGCUGUCCUCGCUGGCGGAUACAUCGCUUGGGUUGAGCGACAAGAACGCCUGGGACGGCCCGCGGUUAUCCCUAACUCGCUGUGGAAGAAUCAUACAUUUACCGGCAUCUGUGUUAGCGUCUUCAUGGUAUGGGGUGCCUUCAAUGCGACAGAGCAGCUCAGCUCCUUUUACCUCCAAUACCUCCAAAAGCUCUCUGCGAUUGACACCUCGGUACGCUUUUUGCCAGCUCCCUUUGGUGGAGUGUUGGCUAGCAUUGUUGCAGGGCUCGUCGUGCACCGUGUUCGCGCGGACCUAGCCAUCCUCCUCGCUGUCGUCCUCUCAAGCCUGUCACCGCUGCUGAUGGCAAUUGUCGACCCCGCAUGGUCUUACUGGACAUGCAUUUUCUGGGCAAUGUUCAUGAAUGCAAUUGGUGCGGACACGCUAUUCACCAUUUCCAACUUACUGAUCACUUCGCUGUUCCCAGCUCGACAGCAAGGUGUGGCCGGAAGCGUAUUUAACACUAUCGCCCAAAUCGGCAAGAGCGUUGGCUUGGCAUCCUCGGGUGCCAUAGCGAGUGCGGUGACAGCACAUUCCACAGUGGCAGACAAGGAGAGCCCGACAGCGUUGCUGGAGGGUUAUCGGGCAUCGUUCUGGUAUUGCUUUGCUCUGUAUGGCGCAACUCUAAUUGUGACUGUCUGGGGUCUCAGAAUGAUCGGCAAAGUGGGCGUCAAGAAAGAGUAA